CUCCCCCUCUCAUAUUUCGUAUUGCGUGGCGCUGCCUGCGAGUGAGCCAUUUUAGAGGAAAACAUGCCACCACUACGUGAUGAGAUGGUGGCCGUCCGGCGGUACGCGGAGCUGCUGUCGCGGUGCCGCGGCGGCGCGGACGCGCGGCCGAUCGCGCGGAUCCAGGCGGCCCUGGUCACGUCGGGCCUGCUCCGGCGCAGCGCGGAGCUCCACGACGCGCUCAUCCGGGCGCUCGCCAGCUCCGGGAGGCCGCAGGCGGCGCUCCCGCUCUACGCCCACCUCCUCCGCGCGGGCCUCCUCCCCACCCCGCACACCCUCCCCUCGCUCCUCAAGUCGCUCGCCCUCUCCCCCGCCGUCCCGGGCGCGCGCCGCCUCGCGCUCGCCGUCCACGCCCACGCCGUCAGGCUCGGCCUCACGGGUUUCCUCCUCGUGAACAACGCGCUCAUCCGCGUCCACGCGGGCCUGCUCGGCCGCCUGCCCGACGCGCACCUGCUGCUGCGCGCCUCGGCCGCCGUCGACGCCUCCACGUUCAACACGCUCAUCACCGCGCACGCGAGGGCUGGGCGAGUCGCCGACGCCCGCUCCCUGUUCGACGAAAUGCCUGAGAGGAAUGUUGUGUCCUGGAGCGCCAUGGUGAAUGGGUACGUGCAGGCCGGGGACGUGAGGGAGGCGCUGGGGGUGUUCUCUCAGAUGCAGGCCCAAGGUGUCCGCCCGGACGACACGGUUCUCGUCGGGGUGCUUGCCGCGUGCGCGCAGCUGGGGGCUCUGGAACAGGGGAAGUGGGUGCAUGGUUACCUCAAAGCAAACAAUAUCAGGAUCACCGUGUUCCUGGGCACUGCGUUGGUUGAUAUGUAUGCCAAAUGUGGUGAGGUGCAGCUUGGAAUGGAGGUGUUUGAGGGAAUGAAGGACAAGAAUGUGCUGGCCUGGACUACUAUGAUAAAGGGCCUGGCUAUGCACGGCCGCGGCGCAGACUCAUUGACACUCUUCUCCCAGAUGGAGAGCUCAGGUGUGAAGCCGGAUGACAUUGCCUUCAUUGGUGCUCUCUGUGCUUGCACACACACUGGGUUGGUUGACAAGGGUCGGGAGCUUUUCAACUCCAUGGUGAGCAACUAUGGUAUUAAACCAAAGAUUGAGCAUUAUGGAUGCAUGGUAGACCUCCUGGCACGGAAUGGCUUGCUGAGUGAGGCCAGAGACAUGGUUGAGAAAAUGCCCAUGAAACCAGAUGCCUUAAUCUGGGGAGCUCUAAUGGCUGGUUGUAGGUUCCACAAGAAUGUGGAGUUGGCUGAGUAUGCUAUAAAGCACUGGAUCGAAUUGGAGCCAGACAAAAGUGGUGCUUAUGUACUUUUAGGUAACAUAUAUUCUGCCUCUGGUAGGCAUGCUUCUGCGAGGGAAAUUCGGGACCUAAUGCGUGAGAAGGGAGUUGAGAAGACACCUGGAUGUAGCAAUGUGGAGAUUAAAGGAGUUAUCCACCAGUUCAUUGUUGGAGAUCUGUCUCAUCCUCGCAUAAAAGAUAUUUUGACAAAGUGGUAUGAGAUAGAUAGUAGGAUAAGGCUAGAGGAAGGUUACGUGCCUGAUAAGAAAGAAGUUUUGCUUGACAUUGAAGAAGAAGAGAUGGAAGGUGCACUCAGCCGCCACAGUGAGAAGCUGGCAAUCGCAUUUGCUUUGAUAAGUACAAAUGAUAAUAUACCCAUUCGGAUUGUCAAGAACCUCAGAGUCUGCCAAGAUUGCCAUCAUGUCACCAAACUUAUAUCCAAAGUAUAUGGGAGAGAAAUUGUUGUUAGAGAUCGAACACGUUUCCAUUUGUUCAAAGAUGGCACCUGUUCGUGCAAGGACUAUUGGUAGUAACUAACAAAUUUGUCAAUUAACAGUGGUACUUGGUCUCAAUAUAGAGCAUGGGCUGUUGAUCACAAAAAAAAUCUUUUUCAUGAUACAUCAGUGAUGCAUGAGUCGAGGCGAUAAAGUUGGUGAAGAAAAAAAAUCUUGCUAAUUACAAUGUACAUAUAUGGUAUUAGAGAAAUUAUUGUUAGAGAUUGAACACGUUUCCAUUUGUUUAAAAAUGGCACCUGUUCGUGCAAGGAUUAUUGGUAGUAACUGACAGAUUUAUGUAUUAACACCGGUACCUGUCUCAUUAUAGAGCAUGGGCUGUUGAGCACCAAAAUCGAACUCUUUCAUCAUACUCCCAAAAUAUAGCGUGUAUUAGUGAUGCAUGAGUUGAGGGGAUAAAGUUGGUGAAGAAAAUGAAUUCUUACUAAUUAUAAUGUACACAUGCAAUCAUGCCGUUAUUAAGGGUGCGUUUGGUUGUAUUGCCCAGCUUGCCCACUAGCUGAGCUAGCCUAGCUAGCUUAGCUCGGAUGGGCUACCUUUGCCUUAGCUGCACGUUUGGUUCAAUGCCGUUGCUGGCAAGGGCCAGCAGCUAGUCGUUUGGUUGUGCUGCGGGCAAAGUAGCUCAUCUUCACAGUAUCCAAAUCACUGAUUACGAGUUGAAGGACUAGUCGAGACUAGUCGAUGGACUAGUCUAUGAGUCGCACCUGUGGUGUCGACUGCAAAUCUCAUGCAGACUAAUUCGAUGAGUCGAGCGGUCGAGAGACUAGUCUGGACUAGUCGUGUACAUUAAGUCGAAUGACUCAAACUUUUCUUUAGAGGUGAGUGACUUAAAAUUGGAGGGGAUAACAGAGGCGCUUGGUCUGCGAGCCUGUCGGAGGGAAAUUUUGUGGCUAGGUUUCAGUUUCGCUCCAGAGAGAACUGCCCACUCCUCUGGAGCUCUCCCUCUUCACUGGUUCUGCUGUCCAGAUCCAGCCCUAUCUCUGCUGGUUCCUGGACUGGUUCAUCUGCUCCUGGAUCCUCGCUUUGCAAGUAAUUUCUCCCUUCUCUUAUCAUCAUAUAUGGUUCCUCUAUUGCUUGUUCCUGGGCUGGUUCCUCUACUGUUGGUUCCUGGUUUAAGUUUGCUUGUUUCCAUUCAACAUCCUUAGGUUUGAGCAGAGCUAGAGUUACAAUGUCUACAACACCAGAGAUAUCUCAGACAGCAUGCUCAGCAGCCACUUCAGCUCAAGCCGCUGAGGAUUAUGAUCCAUCAAAGGAUCCUGCGAGGAAGCCAACUAGGACCAAGGAUCCAACAUGGAAGUAUGCCUUUUGGCCUGAUCUGCAGGACAAAUUGUCAAUCCAGUGUGUUUUGCGUGGCAAAAACGUCUCUUCUGGUUACACAGUGGUGUUAAUGUGUCUGAAAGCAAUCCAGUGAGUUUUAUGGAGCAUGUGUUCGGCGCACCCUGACUCGACAUCGACCACGGCAUUCUUCGCACGGCUACCUCGACCACGGCUCCACCACCCACGCUCUUGGCUACAUCGACAAACGGCACAAAGGGCUACCGCCUGCUUGAGCAACCUCGUUGGUUUCCACUCCAGCCACGACUCCGCUAUGCGUCGACCGUUACGACUGUGGGGGGGUGUCCGUCGGCUUGCCUUCGCAUUCUUCUCCAGUCUCACCGUCUGCGUCGCUACCGUUGUGACUGCGGGGGGAUGUUGAGUAACGUGAUUGUAUUAGGAAACAUAGGUUAGACUAGGAAAUAUCCUGGCUUGCCUUGUACUCCGAGUAGAUCAUGUACUCCUAUAUAUAUGCCCAUGAGGCUCAAGCAAUACAUAAAACAAUUCCACCAAUCCCCCUCUAUCCCUUCUAACACAGUGAAGGCAUUAUGUGACAUGUUUAGGCCAUGUAGAGCAAUAAGAUUCCCAACUGAGUCUGGGAUGGGACCAUCAAAUGCGUUGUUUGAGAAAUCAAGCAUCUUGAAAGUGGUCAGGAUCUUGGUAAAUGUAAGAUCAAUCCCUUUGAAUGUGAGUCUCUCUUGGUAGUACUCCCCAGGAAAUCUUGAAUCAAAGGCCAGAGCGUUACCCUUGUCACUAGAGUUUUCUGUCAUUCUUUGUAGCAUGUCAAACCAUUUUGAACUCAAGCUCCCAGAAAAGUUAUUUGAGGCCAAAUCAAUAAUCUGCAAAGCCGAGAAGUCCUUACUACUCGCAUCACUUUCAGCAAGGCCUCCUAUUGAACCAUAUAAUUGAUUUGAUCUCAAGAAGAGAAUUCGUAGAUUAGACAUCUCACCCAACCAAGAUGGAAAAGUAUCAAGAAUUUGAUUGCUACCAAUGUCAAGGACCUCUAAGUUUCUGCAGUUACAUAAUGAUCUUGGUAUCUUCCCUUCAAUUUGGUUGUUGUUCAAAUCAAUUGUCUGAAGCAUACAUCCAUCUCCAAUAUUUUCAGGUAGUAUCCCAUGCAAAUGAUUAUCUCUCAAUUUCAACAUACCUAAACUGCUACCUUCUAUUAGACACGCUGGCAUCAUGCCGCUAAAGUUGUUGUAUGAUAAGUCCAGGAUCUUAAGUUGCUUUUGGGUACAAAUAGACCCUGGAAUGUUACCAUAUAAUUUAUUCCUAGACAAAUCAAGAUGGAUGGUAUUGUUGGGAAGGUACCUACCAAAGUCAGGUAUAAUAGAAGAGAAGCUGUUGUCUGACCAAUCUAACAAAGCACUAGACGACGUAGUUGUAACUGGUAUAGGUACGGUGCCAUGCAGCUUGUUGGAACUAAGAUCAAGCAUUUUUAAAUUGUCCAUUUGAACAAGAGAUGGAGAGUUUUCCAAGCUAGUGAACAUGUUGUUUGAGAGAUUUAGUUCGAACAUACUUUCCUUCCAGUUCACCCAUAUCCAGCUUGGUAUGACUCCAUGUAUUUUGUUAUUUGAAAGGUCCAAGUAAGACAACUGAUUUGUAUACCUCAAUGUGCCUGGAAUUAUUGUAAGGUUGCAAUAUGCUAAUCCUAGAUAUCUGAUGUGAGGGAGGUAAGGCAAUGGAUAACCAUCUUCAACAUCUAUGACUGAUAGAAUAUUAUCGGAGAGCAUCAAAAAAUCUAGUGCAUUCAGCUUCCAAAUAAUGCCAAGUUCUACUGUGCCUUCAAAGUAAUUCGAGUCCAGCAAGAGAACUUGAAGUCUUGUAAGAUCGAAGAAAGAUUUGGGUAUAUGACCUGCAAAGUUGUUAUCUCUUAGCUCGAUGGAGUACAGUAAGGAAGAUAUUGGGUUUGGAAUGUCUUCUAAACUUCCACAAAGUUCAUUUGAUGAUAGUAGUAGUUCUUGCAACGACGGAAGAGUGAACAAAGCCUUUGGGACAUUUCCUGCAUGCAGAUAGAGAACAGUAAUCAAAGAGCAGCAAAUACUUCCCAAAAUAACGUAAUAAUGAUGUGAUGUGCCAAGGGAAGAGAGGGGGGGUCUUACCACUCAACCGAUUGUAUGAUAAGUUCAAAUCUGAAAGCUUGGCCAAGUUCCCAAUCCACGUGGGUAUUGCCCCAGAUAAACUGCACUGUCUGAGCCAUAAGCUCAUCAAGUUUGUACAAUUUCUGAUCCACCAAGGAAUUGGACCAGAGAAAUUAUAGUCAUGCAGCGACAAGUAAAUCAGAUUCUCAAAUCUUCCAACCCAAGAGAGCAUUGGCUUCUCUAUUCCUGAUCCAGAGAGCCACAAUCCAUUUAGGGACGUAAGGUUAGCUAUGGAGGUAAUGGGCUGCUUGUGAGAUCCUAUGUUGCUAAGGCCCAAGAAUUUCAAGGAGUUGAGAUGGACAAAAGAAUCUGGUAUGCCACCAAAAAUGUUUGUCUCCAGUAGAUUUAGUGAUUGCAAACCAUUUCUUGGUGGGAAAUCUGGUAGUUGCACAUAAAGGCUGGGGUUAUAGGACAGGUCAAGAUGUUUCAGAUAUUUUAGCAGGAAGAUAUUUGUGGGAAAUUGCCCUUCAAAAUCAUUAGCCCGGAGGGUAAGGUCUCUUAAGAAAGGGAAUUCUGCAAAGAACCCAGGAACCUUGCCAGAAAUUCCAUUUAGCCCAAGGUCCAUCGUUGCUAGAAACCGGAGUUGGGAAAAUUGAAGGAUGAAUAGAACCAUCCAAUGCUAAAGCAAUGAACCAAGAUUCUGUAGUAGAGGAACAGAGUCUGCUAAAGCAAUGGACCAAGUUGAUCCACCGUUUACGAUUUGCACAUUAUCAAGAUAGAGAUUUCUUAGAUUGCAAAAAUUUGAUACGAAUGUCUGAAAACUUGGAUCUCGGAGAUAUAGAUCAUUGUGUGCAUAACCAGGCCAGUCAAUAUGAGAGUAAAGAUCAAGUGUACGCAAAAUUUGGAGGUGACCAAUUCCAAUGGGUAUCUGACCAAACAACCUCGUAUUAGAAAAAUUGAGACUGAGGAGCUCGGUCAGCCGCUCAAACCCAAAACUAGGAAGACUGGUCAGGCCAAAGUCAUUACCAGAGAGGCUGAGAUUUGUGAGAGAGGUGAGGUUGAAUAGUGCUAGGCUGAGACCACUGGUGCUCCGCAGGUUACGAUUACUGAGGUCCAAAGUGAUCACCUGACCUGGCCCUAUCACACCCGAUGCCCUCCCAGUGGCAACAGUCUGAGCCAUGUUGCCAUGAUGAAAGGUUGGGGUUGUGGAAGGAGUGCUUCAGCUGGAGUAGAGAUGAAGCCUGAUUAGGGAGGCACUGGACUGUGGUUCCAUUGGUGCCAUUGGCAGCAAUGUUGGUGGAGCAGUAGCAUGCAAGGAGUAGCAGGGUGUAGUGAAGCCGUGGGCGCCUGGAGCUCAUCUUUCUACUGCUUAUCUGAUUAUAACUUCAAGCUGGUGCUUGGGGCAAUAUAUAAUAGUACAGGGUAGAUGUAGAAAUCCCAAUAGUACAUUUCGCUCGUUUAUGUUGUGCAGUGUCAUUAUGUGGCCAAUGUUAUUUCCUGUGCAACACCGCAACGCCUUUGAUGUGCACACGACUGGUUGCUCGCUAAUUCAAAGUUCAAAGAACAAAUUGCUACCUCUCAUGAGACAAGGUCCAGUUCCCCGUAGGCCCGUUGCAAGCUACGGUACUUAAUGUAGUCAGUGUACUGCAGGUGCUGUAGCGUGUCUCCUGUGGCAAGAAUUUACAACAGGAUAGCUACAUAUUGCUUAUUUCAUAAGGAAGCUCUCCUCAAGAGCUGGAGUUGAUUAUAUUACCUGAAAUAUAGUCUGAGUUUUACGGGGUAUAUAAGUUGAGCCAACAUUAGAAAAGGUUACUGAUGUUUCUGUUUUACUUCAGAGAAAUACCUUGGGAAUGUACAUGUUCUGAAAAAUGGCAGGUUUACUCUUUGUUCUAUAAGAUAAGGGCUGGAGUUGAUUAGAUUACUGGAUAUGGAGUCUGUGUUUUAGGGGAUAUAAGUUGACCCAGCCAACAUUAGGAAAUACUACACAUAUUAAUUAUAGCUGAUUUGGAGACUGAAGGAAGAAGAAUAUUGAGAUUUCUAUUUUAGCCUUGUCAGUAUGUCACAGGUGAUGCUCUCCCACUGGCAGCAGUCUCUUCCAUCUUGUCAAGACGCCAGAUUCGCAUCGACGUCGAUGAAUGAGUGCUUUAGCCGGAGCAGGGAAGAAGCCUGAUCUUGGAGGCAAGAAACUGUGGUGUUAUGCUUGGCUGCAUACUAGCAGUAGCACUAGCAGGAGUAGUAGUCGACGGAGUAGGAGCAUACUAGCAGUAGCAGGAUUAGUAGGAGGGGUUGCUGUUUAGUUGAGUAAUUUUUCUACUGUCUUGCUAGUUGCUGCUUCCUCGGUGGUGCACAAGGCUAUACAUGGCAGUUUAUGUUUUUUUUUGCGGGUGAAUGGCAGUUUAUAUUUAACUGUAUUGUACAGAUUUUCCUUGAAAAAUGUAUUGUACAGAUUUUCCAUUUA